AAAUACUCCGUGAGUGACCGUCAUAUCGAAAGAAUAUUGAACAACCCCGUUUAUUUUUCUAAAGGUAUUUACUUGAAGAUUAACAUUGCCUGUUAAUGGAUGCGAAUAUAGAUUCUCAAAUAGGAGCAACAGAAAAAGUAUUAAGUGAGUCACAUAAAGUUCCAGUAUGGGUUUUCUGGAGAGCAAGAAGGUACCUUUUGGCAAUGAUGUUAUUUCUCGGAUUUUUCAAUUCCUAUUCAUUACGAGUAAAUCUAAGUGUAGCUAUAGUAGCUAUGACUCAGUUAAACAAUAUAACCUCAUCGAAUGGAACAAUAUAUUUGGAAAGAUAUUUUGAUUGGGAUACAAAAAUCCAAGGAUACCUAUUAGGUUCUUUUUUCUAUGGAUACAUUUUUACACAAAUAGUUGGAGGAUAUUUAUGUAUAAGAUUCGGAGGAAAACCAGUAAUCGCAGCAGGAAUAGGAGUGGCUUCCGUUUUAACAGUAUUAUCUCCAAUUGCUGCUAAUAUAAAUAUAUAUCUAUUUUUGACUGUGCGAAUUUUGGUGGGUGUAUUUGAGGGAAUCAUAACUCCAAGUGCACAUUAUCUUCACGCAAGGUGGUAUCCGCCCUUAGAAAAAACUAGAUUGGUGACGAUUGGUUUAUCUGGAACCUAUUUUGGAACUGUCAUUUCACUGCCACUUUCUUCUUUACUGGCAUCUACACUGGGUUGGGAAAGUAUUUUCUAUGUUUCCGGGUUGAUUGGAAUCAUAUGGACUAUGUUUUUUCUAUUAAUUGUAAAAAACAAACCAUCAGAAGACUCAAAAAUAAGUAAACACGAGUUAACAUUUAUCACUGAAUCACUAAAGGUCACUAAGCCUGCCGAAACAAGCUUAAGUGUUCCAUGGAGAGCUAUUCUUUCUUCUAAACACGUCUGGGCCGCAUCAAUCGGAGUAACAUGUGAAAUUUGGGGAUAUUAUACUCUGCUAACGCAGUUACCAAAGUUUAUGAAAUAUUGUCUAAACUUUGACCUAAACGCUGCAGGUGCAGUGUCCGCACUUCCAUAUAUAGCGGUAACCAUAGUUCUACAAGCCUCUGGACAUUUAGCUGACUACUUGGCAACGAGAAAGAGCUUUACGAUAACACAGCUUAGGAAAAUAUUUAUAGGUGUUGGUUUCAUGGGCCAAUGUUUAUUUUUGGUUAUUUCAGUAUAUUGGCUAUCAAAACUAGGGACCAUUUUCUGCUUAAUAGUUGCAGUCGGCUUUGGAGGAUUUGCAAUGUCGGCGUUUUGUGUCAAUAUUUUGGAUAUGGCCCCAAAUUAUGGACCUGUAAUAACAGCAAUGGCGAAUACACUUGCAACAGUACCUGGCGUUGUAAGUCCAAUUAUAACAGGUUACCUUGUGACUGACGAAACCAGUGUUGAACAAUGGCGAAUAAUUUUUUACAUAACUGCCAGUAUAUACUUACUGGGAUCUAUAAUUUUUAUAUGCUUUGGUACUGGCGAGCUUCAACCGUGGGAUAAUCCGGAAAUAAAAUAUAAAAAGACAGAUGACAUCAAUGGACAUAAUAACAAAACAUUCAAUGCUGAAGAAACGUAAUAUUAAUUCUGAACUUUGUAUCAAAAACUGCUGAAAGUAGAACAAAAUGUUCGAAAAUAUUAAACUUAAAGAAACUUAAAUAAUUCCAUGGAGUUACAUGAAUCCUAGGAGGGAAUAAUGUCAAAAGAGAUUAAUUUAUUAUUUCAAAA